UCCCAGAUCAUCUCUGUUCCGAACCGUGCCGGUUCCCAGCUCCCAUCUGUGCCGAACCGUGCCGGUUCCCAGCUCAUCCCUGUUCCGAACCGUGCCGGUUCCCAGCUCAUCCCUGUUCCGAACCGUGCCGGUUCCCAGCUCAUCCCUGUUCCGAACCGUGCCGGUUCCCAGCUCAUCUCUGUUCCGAACCGUGCCGGUUCCCAGAUCAUCUCUGUUCCGAACCGUGCCGGUUCCCAGCUCCCAUCUGUGCCGAACCGUGCCGGUUCCCAGCUCAUCCCUGUUCCGAACCGUGCCGGUUCCCAGCUCCCAUCCCUGUUCCGAACCCUGCCGGUUCCCAGCUCCCAUCCCUGUUCCGAACCGUGCCGGUUCUCAGCUCCCAUCUGUUCCGAACCGUGCCGGUUCCCAGCUCCCAUCUGUGCCGAACCGUGCCGGUUCCCAGCUGUGACCUCAGCCGUGUCACCCAGCCUGGGCAGUGCCACCAGCGGGGGACACUCCCCCCCCCCCCCCGAGUGUCCCCAAGCUGUCCCCUGGUCCCCGCAGGGCGCCGGGCAGGGCGGGUCCCCUCGGGCGUUAUCUGCCGGCCACAGCCGCGCGCUGUUUUCGGUGCUUUCUCCCCAAUCUGGGGGUGCCGGGGGUGACGCCGCGUGUCCCCGCGUCCCCAGGAUGAGCACGGCCGCCAGCCCCGAGCCCCUGCCCGAGCCCCCCGCCCCCGGGCCCCGCUGCCCCCCCCAGGAGGACCCCGAGUUCCUGCGGGCGCGGAGCGGGGCCGGGGACCUGCGCCAGGACUUCAACCUGAUGGAGCAGAAGAAGCGGGUGACGAUGAUCCUGCAGAGCCCGUCCUUCCGGGAGGAGCUGGAGAGCCUGAUCCAGGAGCAGAUGAAGAAGGGGAACAACUCGUCACAUGUGUGGGCGCUGCGGCAGAUCGCUGACUUCAUGGCCACCACGUCCCCUGCUGCCCUGCCCACGUCCCCCAUGGGGCUGGCAUCGGUCACCCCCAUCAAUGACCUGCACGGGACGGAGGGGCCGGCACUGGCCAAGGGCGAGCGGCUGAUGCGCUGCAAGGUGGGCAGCAUCCACCGGCUGCUGGACCUGUACGGCUGGGCACAGCUGGGACACGCCGCCGUCACCCUGCGGGUCAGCAAGGAGCAGGAGCACUUCUUGGUGGCCCCGCAGGGGCUGGCGUGCAGCGAGGUGACAGCGGCCAGCCUGGUGAAGGUGAACGUGCUGGGGGCCGUGGUGGAGCAGGGCAGCACCAGCUUCGCGCCCGACGCCCGCAGCUUCAGCCUGCACGCCGCAAUCUACGCCGCGCGCCCCGACAUCCGCUGCAUCGUGCGGCUGCACACCCCUGCUGCUGCCGCUGUGUCAGCCAUGCGCUGUGGGCUUCUGCCCAUCUCCCGCGCCGCUCUUCUCCUGGGGGACGUCGCCUACUUCGACUUCCGCGGGGAGGUGGAGGAUGAGGCCGAUCGUGUGGAGCUCCAGAAGUGCCUCGGGCCUACCUGCAAGAUCCUGGUGCUGCGGAACCACGGGGUGCUGGCGCUGGGGGACACGGCCGAGGAGGCUUUCUACAGCAUCUUCCACCUGCAGGCGGCCUGCGAGGUCCAGGUGUCGGCUCUGGCGAGCGCGGGAGGCGCGGAGAACCUGAUUGUGCUGGAGCGGGCGCAGCAGCGCGUGCCCCACGGCCUGGGCGCCGUGCGCCGCGCCGGCACCACCUUCGGGCCCCUGCACAAGAGCCGCCUGGGCGAGCACGAGUUCGAGGCCCUCAUGAGGAUGUUGGACAACCUGGGAUACCGCACGGGCUACACGUACCGCUACCCCUUCGUGCAGGAGAAGAGCAAGCCCAAGAGCGACGUGCUGAUCCCCGCCACCGUCACAGCCUUCGUGUUCGAGGAGGAGCCCGCCGGGACCCCCGCCCUGCGCCAGCACGCCCAGAAGCAGCAGAAGGAGAAGACGAGGUGGCUCAACACCCCCAACACCUACACCAGGGUCAACCUGGCCGAGGAGCAGCAGGGCACCGCCGGUGGCCAGAGGACAAAGACCACGUGGCUGCGAGCAGACGAGGUGGAGAAGGGCAGCAGUGGGACCCCCAUCCGCAUCGAGAACCCCAACCAGUUCGUGCCGCUCUACACGGACCCGCAGGAGGUGCUGGAGAUGCGCAACAAGUCCACCGAGAGCCACCUGGGGGAUGCAGAGGCCAAGGAGGGUCGGGAAGAGGCUCCCCCUGAGCCAGAGCCCCCCAACCCCUUCAGCCAGCUCACAGACCAGGAGCUGGAGGAGUACAAGCAGGAGGUGGAGAGGAAGAAGCGCCUGCAGGGCGAGAGGGACGCGGCAGCAGAGGAGAGUGAGGCUCCCCCCACAGAGGCUCUCCCUCCAGAGCCCCCGGCACCUACAGAGCCCACCGAGGGUGAUAAGAAGGCCGAUGGUGGCCAAGCCCCCCCUGACUCCACUGCCAAGAAGGAGCCACCAGCGGUGGUGAACGGGAAGGAUGAAGAGCAAAGCACUGAGGAAAACCUUGGAAAAGGGGGGACGGACCGGACAACCACCAACGCUGACCAGGACGCCCCCAAGGAGAAGGAGACGGUGACCAGCAACCCCGUGUCCCCGGAUGGUUCACCCUCCAAAUCACCCUCCAAAAAGAAGAAGAAAUUCCGGACCCCAUCGUUCCUGAAAAAAGGCAAAAAGAAGGAAAAGAUCGAAUCCUGAGUCUCCCAAGGCCUCGUGCGUGGCCAUCCUGGGAACCCCUGGGAUCUCUGAGACCGGGAGCGCCGGGGCAGCUCCUGCCUCGUGCGUCUGGCCGAGGCGCGGCCCAAAACCCCUGGAAUCCGGCUGUUUUCCAGGUCCUCCUGGCACAAGGCACCUCAUCCCCCUUGUCACCCGCCUCUGGAGGCGGUCACCGAGCUUAGAGAGACUGUGGUCCCCGUUUGGGGGAAUUCCUGCUGCAUCUUCCCCCCCUUUCCCUCCUGGGCUCCAGCCUCUCCCCACCGUGGGCCGAGGGCUGGGUUUUUUCCACCAGAGCCCAGUUCUGCUUGAUCUGAGGAAGAAAAAGGUGUUUCGUGGUUAUUUUCUUCACCUUCUGUCUCAAGCUCUGCUGGAACGGCGCUGGCUUCAUCCCCAGGGAAAACUGUCCAUUGCUUCACCAGGAGAACGGGAUUGAGCUGAAGGCGGGGGAUUGCUUUUCCUGAAGGAGAAGCUGAGGUUUUUCCUUCCCAGAUUGUAAUCUUCCUCUCCUUGGGCUAAAGAACCACUUCAUCCCCUUC